AAUGAUGUUAUAUCGUCUAAUUUAUUGUUAAUAAUUUUAAAAGGUCUUAACUUUUUUUUUUUUUUUUUUUCAUUUUAAAAAUUUUACACAUUGUUUAAAUUGUUUCAAAACUAUUAAAAGGUAAGAAAUUGGACGAUUGGUUAUAUUGUGCCCUUCGGUUCGCUAGACUAAGUGAACAGUUGGAGCGUGAGGAAAACAAGAAAACGUGUGAGCGUCUGUCCAACUUUAACUGUCAUUCUCUACCCGCCAAACCUCCCCAUGGAAUACAUCCUGAGCGACCAAGAAAUUGAGAGGGAGAUCCAGAGAAAUGAGGUCUACUAUUCGGUCAUCGAGCUGAACGAUGUUCUGUACUUAAAUAACAAGCUUUACCGGAAGAUAGAAACGUUGCGGGGUCUGCACAACUUGCGGACGCUCUACCUGAACAACAAUGUCCUGGAUAGGAUUUCCGGACUGGACUCCUGUGUAAACCUUAUUGCGUUGUACCUGAACUGCAACAGAAUUUCGAAGAUCGAGAACCUGGACUGCCUAAACAAACUGCGCAUUUUAAAUCUGGAAGACAACAACAUUUGCGCGAUUGAAAAUCUGGAAAAUUUAACCCUUUUGGAGGAUUUAAAUCUGAGUAACAACCGCUUGGGGAGUAAAGAUUCCGCACAGAUUUUUAACUUGCGCAAAAAUGAGAAGCUGACCAUUUUGAACAUACAGAACAAUAGUAUCGACGAGGACAUUUUAAAGGACCUCUCCGACGUGAAAGAUCUGUCCAUUUUGUAUUGCAUGAACAACCCGAUGAUGUCGAAAUACAAAAAUUACAGAAAGUUAUUUGUGCACACGUUGAAGGGGCUGACAUUUCUCGACCACAAGCCGGUGAAGGCGGACGAGCGAAGGUGUGUGGAGGCCUUUUUCGCGGGCGGCCCAGCAGCAGAACAAGCCGAGUUGGAAAACAUAAAACGGGAGAGGCAAAAAAGACACGAAGAUGCAGUAGAAUACUUCCGGAAGUAUAUCAUGGGGAAAUAG